CGUUUCCACCGAGGAAAAGGAAUCGUAUCUUAUGUCCGCUAUCCAGAACCUCCACUCUUUCGACCCUUUUGCUGAUGCAAGUAAGGGUGAUGACCUGCUUCCUGCUGGCACCGAGGAUUAUAUCCAUAUAAGAAUUCAACAGAGAAACGGCAGGAAGACCCUUACAACUGUCCAAGGGAUCGCUGAUGAUUACGAUAAAAAGAAACUAGUGAAGGCGUUUAAGAAGAAAUUUGCCUGCAAUGGUACUGUAAUUGAGCAUCCAGAAUAUGGAGAAGUAAUUCAGCUACAGGGUGACCAGCGCAAGAACAUAUGCCAGUUCCUGGUAGAGAUUGCACUGGCUAAGGACGAUCAGCUGAAGGUUCAUGGGUUUUAAGUGCUUGUGGCUCUCUGAAGCUUAAGUGAGGAUUUCCUUGCAAUGAGUAGAAUUUCCCUUCUGUCCCUUGUCACAAGUUUAAAAACCUCACAGCUUGUAUAAUGUAAUCAUUUGGGGUCCGCUUUUAACUUGGACUAGUGUAACUCCUUCAUGCAAUAAACUGAAAAGAGC